AUGAUAGAUGGGCAAGAAGGACGUGUGUAUCAUGCUGGUGCGGGUAGCCCGGAAUUUAUGCUCCUUCCAGGAAGCUUUCCCAGUUUAUCGAAUGUGUACCUUUAUUUCACACAUUUCAUCAAUGCUUACUCGGCAAAUUCAUUGCAACAGGGUAAAUUAAAGCGUGAGUUGUUUGAUAACAUCAAAAACAAUAAUUUUCUAUUGCAGCUAAAACUAGAAGAUUUAUACAAUUUCCAAAAUGUCGUAGCUGCAAAAGUAGAUGACACCAUGACUCAAAUCAAAUUGCCGUAUUACUAUGCAGAACAACUGGUAAAGGCUCUGACUGAACGUCCUUUGAUCUACCUACCUACAAUCGAAUCAGCUUGUUACAAUGUGUGCAAGGAACAGCAUAAACUGAGUGGAGAUGUCUAUAUUAAUCACAUACAACUUAACUUGCUUAAUACCUUUUGCAAACCUACUCCCAUAAGAUCCCUUCUAGCGAUUAACCAGGAAAGGUUCCUUGUUGUACCAGGAAUUGUGGUCCAAGCUGGACGAAUCCAACAUAAACUAAAAACUGCAGUGUUGCAAUGCCGUUAUUGCGAUCAUAAAAUGUCGUUAGAUGUUCCAGUUUGGAUUGACAAGCCUUCAAUGCCACAAACUUGCCGUUAUGCAGCUACGCUUAAGGCAGUGGAAUCUUCUGUCAACCAGCCACAACUGGGUUGUGACGGUGUUAAGUAUCCUUAUGUUAUACUGCCAAAUGAAUGCAAAUUUGUUGAUGUGCAAUCACUCAAGAUUCAGGAAUUGCCAGAGGAUGUUCCUACUGGAGAUAUGCCAAGGCAUCUAGAGCUAAAUAUGACUAGAUAUUUGUGCGAAAAACUCAUACCAGGAGAUAGAGUGCAUGUACACGGCGUGUUAACACUUUAUAAUUCACAAAAAAGGGCUACUAAACAUGACGUAACGGGCCGCUCGUAUUUGCACGUACUUGGGAUACAGAAAUUCCAAAACAUGCAAGACUCGAAUGUUGAGUUUGAUUUGGAGGAAGCAAAUGACCUAACGUUAUUAGCUUCACAACCCGACGUCCAUGAGAAAAUAUUCAAGUCAAUAGCACCCGCACUUUAUGGGUUGGAGAAUGUUAAAAAGGCUUGUGCAUGUUUGUUGUUCGGCGGCACACACAAAAAGAUUGGCAAUGAAACCAAAAUUAGGGGCGAUAUAAAUAUGUUGAUGCUGGGAGAUCCCUCUGUUGCCAAAUCACAAAUUCUAAAAUUCGUCGACAAAGUGGCGCCGGUGUCCGUUUACACAUCUGGUAAAGGAAGCAGUGCUGCCGGUUUAACCGCUACGGUGGUUAGGGAUAGACAGGGCUUGUUUUCACUUGAAGGUGGCGCCAUGGUCUUGGCCGAUGGAGGCGUGGUUUGUAUAGACGAAUUUGACAAGAUGCGCACUGACGAUGCAGUGGCUAUACAUGAGGCAAUGGAACAACAAACAAUAUCAAUUUCCAAAGCUGGGAUUACGACUAUGUUGAAUUCCAGAUGUUCAGUAAUAGCUGCCGCCAAUCCCACAUUUGGCUCAUAUAAUGACGACUCAGAUACCAUAGAGCAACAUGAUUUUAAGGCUACAAUCCUUUCAAGGUUUGACAUCAUAUUUUUGCUGAAGGACAAGGAGGAUAUUGAUCGAGAUACUACACUGUGUAAACACAUACUAAGUCUUCAUGCAGCAAAAAGUCAGUCUGUAGACACUCCCAUUCCCUUGAAAAAGCUGACGCGUCUGAUUCAAUAUGCAAGACAAACAAUCUUCCCAAUACUUUCUCGUGACGCUAAGGAUAGCUUGAGGAAUUAUUACGUUCAGAAAAGGACAGAAUAUAGGAUGGAUAAUCGCACCAACACCAAGAAGAUUCCUAUCACUCUUAGGCAGUUGGAGUCUCUCGUUAGACUAUCUGAAAGUUUCGCCCGUAUGGAAUUGUCCAGCGUUGCUACAGAGAAGCAUGUACAAAUGGCCAUCAACCUCUUCACAGUCUCUACGGCUGAAACUGCCAAAUCUACACUCGUAUUUGAAUCGCUAUCAAUUGAUGAACAAAAACUUGUGAAGCAAGCAGAAGAUGACAUAUUGAGUCACCUGCGUAACGGUCAACGUGUCACUAGAAACAGUUUGAUGAAGGAUAUGCAAAUGCGAGGGUUUGAUGUUUCAUUUAUAUCAAAGGCAAUUAGUAUAUUGAUUAAGAAGAGAGUGCUUCAGGAAAGGGGAGAUAGAUCUCUCAGACGUGUCGAUUAA